AUGUUACGUAAACCAACGUGGAAACGCUGGCGACGUCGAGAACGUGAGCUACGUGAACGAUCCACAGCACCGCUGGCCGUUGACGACGACUACACGGGUACUGCAGACAGCGAUGAGGAACGUUUCAGCAUCAAGAAAAGAGUGUUGAAGUCUCGAAUUGGUAAAUCGCUCUCAAGAUUGGGUGAACGACGGAAUUCGGAUGAUAUACGGAAGAAACGAUCGGUGGAGAAAGAAUGUCAUUCGGCGAUUGAUUUCUAUUCGACAGAAGAUACUGAAUGA